CACACAGUUUUACCACACGCACACACUUGAGUAGGACACCGGGCAGAGUGCGUUCCGCCGAUCAUCUCCUCCCUCCCCUCAGCAGCAGAUUGCUGUGCCUCUAACGACAGACAGUCACAAAGUGUUGUGAGCGCGAGGCUGUAGAGAGACUGCAUCAAGGAGCGAGGACUGCAUGUGCGCUUGCAUCGGGAACGGUGCGUGGGAGUUGUUCUCUCUCUACCUGCCAUUUGCAUUCCUUCUUUAUUCUCCACGUUGAUCCUCGGACGAGUGCGGGCGCACAGGGAGUCCCAUUACCGAGGGAGGAUCGCGCUGCGUGUGUGAGCGUGUGUGUGUGGGUUAAAAAAACUACAGCUGUCAUCUUAGAACAGCGGCACUGCUGUUGUGGAGAAAGUCGUUGGAAAUCUGCAAGAAACGGGUGGCUGCUAUCUUUUCUUCUACCCCCCUUCAAUUUUUUUUUUUAAAGCUGUCUUUUAAGGCGAUGGACUUGAGAUAGUGCGUCUCAAUUUGAGUGUUGGUGACUGGGAGUUGCCGUCGGGGAGAAAUGCGAGAGGAUGCUUGGAAGCAGUGAAGGAUACAGCAGGUAACCGAUAAGAUGGCGGCCAGGGAAGCGACUGGGCACAGCUACCUGGUGGCUUUCUGGCAGCCCAUUCUGAUACUGAUGCUUGGCGCCGUGCUGUCUGGCUCCACUACAGGCUGUCCAUCCCGCUGUGAGUGCAAUGUUCAAGAGCGCUCUGUGAUGUGCCACCGCAAAAAGCUCAUGACAGUUCCAGAGGGCAUUCCUGCAGAAACAAAACUGCUGGACCUGAGCAAGAACCGCAUCAGAACCAUCAACCCAGACGAGUUUGCCAUGUUUCCCAACCUCGAAAACCUGGAGCUCAGUGAAAACACGAUCUCCACCAUUGAACCUGGAGCAUUCAAUAACCUUUACGGUCUGCGGACAUUAGGGCUGCGUAGCAACAAGCUCAAGCUGAUACAGCUCGGGGUAUUCACAGGCCUGAGCAAUCUCACACAGCUGGACAUAAGUGAGAACAAGAUUGUCAUCCUGUUGGACUACAUGUUCCAGGAUUUGUACAACCUGCGGUCCUUAGAGGUGGGUGAUAAUGACCUUGUUUUCAUCUCCCACCGAGCUUUUCACGGGCUUAGUAGCCUUGAACAUCUGAGUCUUGAGAAGUGCAACCUGUCCUCCGUACCGACAGAUGCUUUUACACACCUUCACAAUUUGAUCACGCUCAGGCUGCGUCUCCUCAAUAUCAAUGUGAUACGGGAUUAUUCCUUCAAACGGCUCUACCGGCUGAAAGUGUUGGAAAUAGCCAAUUGGCCUUAUCUGGAUACGAUGACUCCAAAUUGCUUGUAUGGAUUAAAUCUCACCUCCCUGACCAUUGCAAAUGCCAACCUGACAACAAUUCCUUAUGUUGCCCUGCGGCACUUGGUCUAUUUGCGCUUUCUUAAUCUCUCCUAUAACCCUAUCCAUACCAUUGAGGGGAAUAAGCUUCAUGACCUUCUGCGUCUGCAGGAAUUUCACCUGGUUGGAGGCAGACUGGCAAUGAUUGAGCCCUACUCUUUCCGUGGUCUAAACUACCUGAAGAUCCUAAAUGUUUCUGGAAACACUCUAACUACUUUAGAGGAGUCUGCUUUCCAUUCAGUCGGCAACCUCGAAACCCUUGCCUUGUAUGAUAACCCCCUGGCCUGUGACUGCAGACUGUUAUGGGUUUUCCGACGACGCUGGAGACUGAACUUCAACAGGCAGCAGCCUACCUGUGCCUCCCCUGAGUUUGUCCAAGGCAAAGAAUUCAAAGACUUUCCAGAUGUCCUGCAGCCAAACUACUUCACGUGUCGCAAGUCUAGGAUUAGGGAUCGCAAAGCUCAGCAGAAAUAUGUUGACGAGGGAGCCAUUGUUCAUUUCGCUUGCCAAGCAGAGGGAGAUCCUUCUCCAGUGAUAAUGUGGCUAUCUCCGCAAAAGAAGUUCAUCACCUCCAAGACAAUUGGAAGGCUUUCCGUGUUGCCAGAUGGUACCCUGGAGGUUCGAUAUGCCCAGACCCAGGACAAUGGUACAUAUGCAUGUAUAGCUAGCAACGCCGGCGGAAAUGACACCUCCCCUGCUCACCUUCACAUCCAUAGCUACUCGCCUGACUGGCCACAAAGGUCCAACAAGACUUUAGCCUUCAUCUCCAACCAGCCGGCUGAAAGUGGUAAUGGUACACGAGCCAAUGCCCCUUUCCCCUUUGAUAUUAAGACGUUGAUCAUUGCCACUACAAUGGGCUUCAUCUCUUUUCUCGGUGUCGUCUUGUUUUGCCUGGUGCUGCUCUUCCUAUGGAGUAGAGGUAAAGGCGCCACGAAGCACAACAUCGAGAUCGAGUAUGUGCCACGGAAAUCGGACGCGGGCAUGAGCAGCAGCACAGCGGAUGCUCCUCGCAAGUUUAACAUGAAAAUGAUAUAACCCAGACGAGGAAUUUAUUAAUUUUGAACAAAAAAAAAGACAAAUGGAAAAGAAGACAUUUUCUUUCCUCCCUUACCAACCUGUGGAUCCUGGUCUGUGAACAUAGAGUAAAAUGUUUUUUUCUGAUCGAAGUGCUAAAGAAGAGAGCACUUCCUGACUUUCACAUGUAAGAGGGAAUGAAAGCACCUCCAGUGCUACAAGGCAUUGGUGGUUUCUUCAUGGCCUGUGAAGGCAUCAACUGAAAGUCAACUUUGUCAUAUCAGUUCAUAUUCCUGUGGAUUUAUACUGGGAACAAUAUAUCUGAAAAGAAAACACUUCAAACAGCCAGUAUGGGAGGGGCAGAUCAAACAUCGCUGUUUUGUGUCUGUAUUUUUUAUGUUAUGUUAUUUUUUUCUUACAUUUGUUUCCAAGGUUGGAUGUGAAGUUAUGAAUGAGAUUUGUAUAGGUUGAUGAGCACAUGUAUACAACGUACAAUUUAAAUGAAUCAUCAUUAUACUAUGUUCUACAUAUGGUCCGUUUUCUUUCCUACAGUGAUGAAUGUUCUGUAAACCAUCAAAUGUAUAUGUUGGUCACAAUACCUGAUGAAAAAAAAUGAGUAUGUCCCACCAUUGAGCAGAAAUAUAUAAGUAUAGCAAAAUGAUAGGAAAUACAGAACGAGGCACAAUAGAAAAUCUUAUUUGAAGCUAAUUCAAAGCCAACUUAUUGUCUGAGAAAGAACAAUGAAGGGUACUGUAAACCAGUUGGUCAUUAGGUGACCUGAAAAACAGAAUGAUACACAUAAGUGCUCUGAAAUUACAGAUGGAUAUACAGUGGGGCAAAAAAGUAUUUAGUCAGCCACCAAUUGUGCAAGUUCUCCCACUUAAAAAGAU